AUGUCCAUAUUUGAUGAAUAUGAAGAAAUUGAGUUUGAGGAAAAAAAUUCUGAAUUUUUGAAAACUGAAAUAAAGCAGAAUGCAUCAAAAUUGGCUCCAAAAAUCUUAAAAAUACCAAGUUUGCCUAUAAUUCCUCCAGACAAGAACGCAUAUGACUACGAAAAUUUGUUGAAUCAAGUGUCGCCGAGACUAUUUAAGCAAUCUUUUAUGACUGAAAUUACAAAGGGCAAACCAAAAACAAUUAGUAAAGCCAAAACAAAGGAAAUUGUGGAUCGACUCUAUAACGAGAGAAAUUUAAACCCAAGAAAAAUUGUUGAAAAAGGAUUACGUAAGCAAUUUAGUAAAACGAAAUGAACUUCUUUUUCGCCACUCAGAAGUCAGAGUCCUAAACCUUUAGUUGGAGGUAUUUCACCGAUCCACGAGAAUCCAGAGAGUUCCUUAAAAACCUUUAGUGAUGCAAGUAGCAUAAAAAAGAGAUUUGAUUAUUUGAGCGAAUUUGAAGCAGAGUUUCCUAUUUUUGAAGGAAAGAGCAAAUCCAAGCAGCCUGGGAGCAAACCUGCGUAUUUGCGGCUAUAUGAAGACUCUAUAUGAAAAAGAAAAUCCAAGCUUUAUCAAUGCAAUUCAAGUGCUCGAAUUUUGACUAACUCCCCCCCUCUGUGAGUGAACAAAAAAAUUUUGUUCGCUGGUUAAAAAUAUUUAUAUAUAAAUUUUAUAGAAAAUAUUUUUUUCGAAAUUUAAAAAAAAUCCUAAUUCGCAAAAAUUGGAAAGCAAAUAUUAAUUUAAUUUUUCUAAAACGCAAUUUGUUUAAAAUUAAACAGAAUUAGCUCGAGAUUUCAUUAUAAUAAUUAUCACUUAUAUAUCAAAUUUUUUUUCAAUUAAAAAAAAAUUUUUGUUCACUCACGGAGGGUGGGUUUUUGGGCAAAAAAUAGGGAUUUUUCUAAUGGUUUUGUUCGCUCACGGAGGAGAGAGGAGUAAAUAA